CUAGACAGUGCAGCCUUUGGGGGGUUAGGCGACGCUGCAGAAUUGAGAGAGGACUAAAUCAACAGUUGGAGGUGGAGAGGAGGGAGAGUGGUUGGUGUAUGCAAAUAGAGAGAUAGAGAGAGAGAGAGAGAGAGAGAGAGAGAGAGAGAGAGAGAGAAGGAGAGGAGAGACGUGGUGUAUGCGGAACUGGGAGAGAAGAGGGUAAAAGUGGGCUGAAGAACAGUCAAAGGACAAGAGAGUUUAGCGGUGGUUUUAGAGGAGAAGAACAGACCAAGCUGCUCUACCAUGGAGGAGGACAUAAGGAAGCAAGGGAUGCUGUUUCUUCAGCAACAACGGUUUGGCAAGAAAUGGAAGAGGGUGUGGUCGGUUCUGUAUCGGGAGAGCACCUGCUCCAUUUCCCGCAUGGAGUUCUGGGAGUGCAAAGACGGAGGAUCCGGUACCAUGGACCGCUCCGAUCGAAGCCUGAAGAAACAGCAGGAGCACAAGAAGGUCAUCCGUCUGAGCAACUGUAUCCGGGUGACGGAGAUGGAGACGGAGGGAUGUCCGAGGGACUGUGCUCCCUUCCUGGUGGAAACGACCGAGAAGUUGUUUGUCUUUGCCGUGGAGACGGCUGGGAUGGAUGACUGGAUACAGAAGCUGUGCGAAAUAUCUUUUCCUUCAAACUGGGGUGAUCGAGGAGGGACGAAACGGAAUAGUGUACAAAGAUCAAAUGUGGAGCCACCAGAACAGGGUAUGGAGGACAACCUUCUCUACGGUGGAAGAGACACUGUGAUAGACUUCCGGGUGGUGAUGAGGAGGACGGAGGCCUCCGAGCGCUGCAGGUUGAGAGGACCCUGCGUCUUACGUACUGACGCCAACAGCCUCAUCCUGAAGGACGCCUCGACGGGGGAAGUCCUCUACAACUGGCCGUACCGCUUCCUCCGGCGCUUCGGACGCGACAAGUUGACGUUCUCGUUCGAGGCAGGGCGCAGGUGUGACUCUGGCGAAGGAAGUUUCGAGUUUGAAACCAAACAGGGGAAUGCAGUGUUCCAGGCCGUGGAAAUGGCCAUCAACCACCAGAGGACCAGGCAGCCCCUACGACAGGCCUCGGGAAGCCAGGACACGGAGCCAGCCCCCCAGUCCCGCCCCCUGCCCCAGCCUGGAUCCGAGCCCGGCAUCUACAGCACCGUCAAAGGGCCUGGUGUGCAGCCCUCACUUCCCCACCAACCUGGGACCCCCCACGCCAGGCUGGAGCCCCCAGUGGAUAAGCUCUUAACGGGGGUGAAGAGCCUGACGUUGGACACCCGAGGCUCCAAUCCCAGGAAGAACCAGGUGAAGCCAAUAUGCAGCUGCCCUCUUUUGAACCAGGAGAGCCAGACCUACUCAGAGAUCACCCUUCCCGCGGACAGGGGGGGCGACAAGGGAGAGCACACCUCCCUGCCUCCCAAGCCCCCCAGCCCCAAGCUACCCCAAGACCCUGAAUACUCCCUUCCCUUCGAUGCCCUUGCAAAGAAAAUCAUAGCUGACAUGGCAAAUACCCAGCCGUUUGUGCGUUGGGUCACAGGCUCUGAUAGGCCGGGGGGUAGCGAUGAUGAGGCUCGCGACCCGCUUUAUGACAGCAUAGACGAGCUAGCCGUCAGAGCACUGGUUCCGUGCAGGUCAGACGGCACCAAACCGAACUAUCAAAGGGCAGAACACAUUUACGACGAGCCAGAGGGCUGUGCAGUGGUCACCCCACAGCACCCGGGCUCCGCCUCUCUCUACGACAACCCGGAAGAGGUCAGAGGUAAUGCCUGGAGGAGCCUGGGAACUGUGGUUGAUCCAAAUGGCCACGAGUAUCCCUACAACCCUCAUGUGGACGACUAUGCCGUACCCAAGCCCCCAAAGAGAGCCUUUCAUCUGGAGGAUCAGGAUAGUGAAGAGGACUCCCCCUAUGAUAAUGUGAUGGUGAAAAUGGACAAGUAGUGCAGAAGAGGAUGCACACACACACACACACACAUGCUUGCACAUACACACACACACACAUGCUUGCACAUACACACACACACACACACACUUGCACAUACACACACGCUUGCACACACACACACACACAUGCUUGCACAUACAAACACCGUUGUUGGAAUAGUAUGAAUUGGAGAGCAUAUUUAACCGUUCAAAUAUUCCUACUUCUGUUCUGCACAUUUUAAUGCAGAGUUUUGAUUAGACUUAACAAUGUAGUACUUCAGCUCCACCAGCACUACUUAUCGAUUGAGUUAUUUGAAUUUCUGUCUCUUAUGGAUCCUACAGUUUAUUCUUAUUUCAAAAUGUGAAUUUCCUUCUUGUAGUACAAUGUUCUGUGCAGUAGGUGGCAGUUGGAGUUUUAUUUUUUAGUUUUUUUAGUUGACAUCUGGCUCAACUCAAAGGAUUCUUUGUAAAGUAAGCACUUAUUUAACCUAGCUUUGUUAAUAAUAAAGACUUUCUAGUAUCACCUUUGUAUAUUAUCAUAGCAGAUUUUGAAAUAAAAGUGGCCCUGGAGACCUCUGGA